AUGGAAGACCCCUCCACCCACCUCUACCUAAGACCCCUCCACACACCUCUAUCCCAGUCCCCCUCCACCCCACCUCUAUCCCAGACCCCCUCCACCCACCUCUAUCCCAGACCCCUCCACCCCACCUCUACCCCAGACCCCUCCACCCACCUCUAUCCCAGUCCCCCUCCACCCACCUCUAUCCCAGACCCCUCCACCCACCUCUACCCCAGACCCCUCCACCCACCUCUACCCCAGUCCCCCUCCACCCAACUCUACCCCAGUCCCCUCCACCCACCUCUAUCCCAGACCCCUCCACCCACCUCUACCCCAGACCCCUCCACCCACCUCUACCCCAGACCCCUCCACCCACCUCUAUCCCAGUCCCCCUCCACCCACCUCUACCCCCAGACCCCUCCACCCACCUCUACCCCAGACCCCUCCACCCACCUCUAUCCCAGUCCCCCUCCACCCACCUCUACCCCAGACCCCUCCACCCACCUCUACCCCAGUCCCCCUCCACCCACCUCUAUCCCAGUCCCACUCCACCACCCCUAUCCCAGUCCCCCUCCACCCACCUCUAUCCCAGUCCCCUUCCACCCACCUCUAUCCCAGUCCCACUCCACCACCCCUAUCCCAGUCCCCCUCCACCCACCUCUAACCCAGUCCCACUCCACCACCCCUAUCCCAGUCCCCCUCCACCCACCUCUACCCCAGUCCCACUCCACCCACCUCUACCCCAGUCCCACUCCACCCCACCUCUAUCCCAGUCCCCCUCCACCCACCUCUAUCCCAGACUCCUCCACCCAUCUCUACCUCAGUCCCCCUCCACCCACCUCUAUCCCAGAUCCCUCCACCCACCUCUACCUCAGUCCCCCUCCACCCACCUCUAUCCCAGAUCCCUCCACCCACCUCUACCCCAGUCCCCAUCCACCCACUUCUAUCUCAGUCCCCCUCCACCCACCUCUAUCCCAGACCCCUCCACCCCACCUCUACCCCAGUCCCACUCCACCCCACCUCUAUCCCAGUCCCCCUCCACCCACCUCUACCCCAGUCCCCCCUCCACCCACCUCUACCCCAGUCCCCCUCCACCCACCUCUAUCCCAGACCCCCUCCACCCCACCUCUAUCCCAGACCCCCUCCACCCACCUCUACCCCAGUCCCCCUCCACCCCACCUCUAUCCCAGACCCCUCCACCCCACCUCUACCCCAGACCCCCUCCACCCACCUCUAUCCCAGACCCCCUCCACCCACCUCUACCCCAGUCCCCCUCCACCCCACCUCUAUCCCAGACCCCCUCCACCCCACCUCUACCCCAGACCCCCUCCACCCCACCUCUAUCCCA